AUGUCCCGCUCAUCCUACGACCGGGACGGUUGUACCAAGUCGGCUAUCACCGGCGAGGGCAUUACCGCCGUUGCCAUUCGCGGCAAGGACACCGCCGUCAUUGUUACCCAGCGCAAGGUGCCGGACAAGCUCCUCGACCCCUCAACGAUCACCCAUCUCUUCCAGAUCACUCCCAGCAUAGGAUGCGUUGUUAUUGGACGUAUUGGUGAGCUUCCUCGACGGUACAUGCAGCUGACAGCAGCCGACGCCCGCGCGCAGGUUCAGAGGACACGGUCAGAAGCCGCCGAGUUCCGCUACAAGUUCGGUUACGAGAUCACGCCCGAUGCCCGUGAGCUCACAUCGAUGGGGUGGAUAGCUAACAUCCAGUCGCUAAGCUGUUUCCAGAUCGACCCCGCCGGCUUCUUCGUCGGAUACAAGGCCGUCUCGUCUGGCCAGAAGCAGACCGAGGCGACCAACUACAAGUGGAAGUCUGUCGAGAACAACAAGAUCACCCUCGACCGCACCGGCGUCAUUGAGCUUGCAAUUGAGACGCUGACGAACGUCUGCGCGACCGACUUCAAGGGGUCUGAGAUUGAGAUCGCCAUCUGCUCCACUUCGCCCGAGGAGAAGGCCGUCGACGGCAAGCGGGGCAACUUCCGCCAGAUGCCUGAGGAGGAGCGCGACGAGUGGCUCACGCGUGUCGGAGAGAAGGACUAG